CAGCAGUUUCACAAUCUGUGAUUACAUGUUUCCGCCCUUUGUAAGAGGAAAUACACAGUUUACUUUCAGUUUUGAGUGUGAGCCUCUUUUCCACGAAGCAGGAAAGGACAGAGGCUGUUACCCAUGGCAGGUUUGAUGUCAGAACUUGCUGGGACAGAUUACUGGUCGAAGCGGUGUCAACUGAUUCCACUGAAUAUAGUGUCUGCAAAAUACCUUAAAUACUGACUUUAGGUUUUACAAUAGUGAUUUAUUCCCAGAAACAAGUUGGGGUCAUUCAGACUCUAGGAGUCAGAAGCUACAUGACCCCUAAAUUGUAAUUUUUAAUCUUGUGGCUGAAUUUUUUAGUCUUGCAAAGGCAGGCUGAACCCCAGGCAAGAAGGGGGUCUUUUUGGAAAAGGACUGUUAUCAAUUUUGUUUCAGACUCAAAUCAUGAACUGCAUUCCUUCUCAAAGUUAGUUUGGCCUAUGCUAGGAAUCAACAAGGACAGCUUAAGGGUCAGAAGCAAGACAGAGUUGGUUAGGUCUGAUUUCUUAGGCUGUCAUAAUUUCCUCAGUUAUAAUAUUGCAAAGGUGGUUUCAGCCCCUCCCUUGGGGUUUUAUAACAGCUUUAUCUUAAGGUGUAGGUUAUGAAGAUGGAAAAAGGCCAUUAAUCAUUCUGGCUUCUACCUGCUGACAGGGGACAUAGUGGAAAUUGAAGUGAACCCCAAGAAGGCAACCAAAGGAAAAAAACACUUAAGAUGUGGGAAUCCUGGGGCAAAGGUGUCCUCACUGGCGCUUUGGAUGACUUGGUGGAACAAGACGUGCUGAACUGGAAGGAGGAGGACAAGAAGAAGUAUUACGAUGCCAAAACUAAAGACAAGGUUCGGGUCGUGGCGGACUCUAUGAAAAAGAACCAACGUAUGGCAGGGAAGAUGCUUCUCAACACCUUUUUCAACAUAGACCAGAUAUCCCCCAAGAAGAAAGGUAAUUCGAAUAUGGCGGUUGGACCACCUGAGACAGGAGAAUCUACAGAUGCCCUCAAGCUUUGCCCUCAUGAAGAAUUCCUGAGACUAUGUACAGAAAAAGCUGAAGAGAUCUAUCCAAUAAAGGAGAGAAAGGACCGCACACGCCUGGCUCUCAUUAUAUGCAAUACAGAGUUUGACCAUCUGCCUCCGAGGCACGGAGCGGACUUUGACAUCACAGGGAUGAGGGAGCUGCUUGAGGGUCUGGACUACAGUGUGGUUGUAGAAGAGAAACUGACAGCCAGGGGCAUGGAGUCCGUGCUGAGGGCGUUUGCUGCCCGACCCGAGCACAAGUCCUCAGACAGCACUUUCCUGGUGCUCAUGUCUCACGGCAUCCUGGAGGGAAUCUGUGGAACGGCGCAUGAUGACAAAAACCCAGAUGUGCUGCUUUAUGACACCAUCUUCCAGAUCUUCAACAACCGCAACUGCCUCGGUCUAAGGGACAAACCCAAGGUCAUCAUUGUCCAGGCCUGCAGGGGUACAAACCAGGGGGAUCUGCUGGUCCCAGAUGCUCCAGCAUCCUUGGCAGUGGCUUCUUCACAGUCACUUAAGAACCUAGAGGAAGAUGCUAUUCACAAGACCCAUGUGGAGAAGGACUUCAUUGCUUUCUGCUCUUCAACCCCACAUAACGUGUCCUGGAGAGACAGCACAGUGGGCUCCAUCUUCAUCACACAACUGGUCGCCUGCUUCCGGAAAUAUUCUUGGUGCUGCCACCUAGAGGAAGUAUUUCGGAAGGUGCAGCAAUCAUUUGAAACUCCAAGGGAUAAAGCCCAAAUGCCCACCAUAGAACGAUUAUCCAUGACAAGAUAUUUCUACCUCUUUCCUGGCAAUUGAAAGUUGAAGCCACAAGUGACCCAGCCCUCCUUUCUCAACUUCAAGGAGCACCUCUGUUAGUACGGCUUGCAUAUUUAACAUUUUAUGUUUCAAUAAAAGUGAAGACAAAAUGAACUGUA